CCGAACACCAUGAAGAAAUCGGGAUAUCCAGCAAGAUCCGCCAGUGCUCGGCUGAGGAGAACAGACAGAGAGGGAUCAGGCAUCACCAGUCCCACGCUGAGGCGGUCGUUUGAGGUGGAGGAGGCAGAUUCAUCCACACAUCCCUCGCCACCUGUCCCGUCGGACCGCCACCUCUCUCCGUUCCUCCACUCCUCCACGUCCAGUCCAGCGGAUGCUUUGACCUGGGCUCCCGCAACGCCUGACUACACCUCCUCUAGAACCUCCCCCUCCGAAUCCUCCAACCUUCGCUCUCCCAACGGCAUGAGGCGCAUUGAGUUGUCAGGGGGUCGCAACCCUGAUUUGGCCUCCUCCCGCCGCACAGAAAUCUCCAUUGAGGUCUCCUCCAAGCAAAUUGACAGCUCCCCCAGCGCCGGCAUCGCUCGUUUUGGCCUCAAGCGGCCCGAGGUCAGCCUGAGUAGUCGGAGUUCCCCCCUAGACAGCUCGUCCACAUCAAUCUCCAGUGCCACAAACAGACGGGCAGAGCUCAGCAUGUUGCGGCCCCACGAACCCCCUGCACCUCCCAAGAGGAUGGACGCCCAGUCGGCUUUCACCCCUACCUCCAGGAUCCCCGAUGCCCCUCAGAGAAGAGCAGAGCCCCCAUCCCCCAGCCUUAGCCCUGUGGAGGCGUCCACCAGGAGGCCGGAUAUGCCCGUCUUCAGACAGCCAGAUGGGUCAGUGCCAGGCAGGGCAGUAGAGAACAACAGCCACCCGCCUCCGGCACCCAGCGCUCCCCUGCCCACCCUGUCAGAGCCCAGGGUGGAGAGGAUGCAGUCCCCCGUCUCAGAGACGCUCGCAGCCAGAACAACAGAGAGGCCAGAGGUGAUUCCCAGCUAUAGCAGCAGUGCAAUGUCUGAGGCAGUGGUGCCCGAUGCCAUGAUGCCCCCAGCCGCGGGCAGCCUGUACGGGGAGAAGGCUGGCGGCCCGGUGGUGGACUUCAGUUAUGUGGGCAUCGACGCCAUCCUUGAGCAGAUGAGGAGGAAGGCCAUGAAGCAGGGGUUUGAGCUCAACAUCAUGGUCGUCGGACAGAGCGGCCUGGGUAAGUCGACCCUGAUGAACACGCUGUUCAAGUCGAAAGUGAGCCGUAAGUCGGUGUUGGCCGCAGCCCAGGAGAAGAUCCCCAAAACCAUCGAGAUCAAGUCCAUCAGCCAUGACAUCGAGGAGAAGGGAGUGAGGAUGAAGCUGACAGUCAUUGACACGCCAGGCUUCGGAGACCAGAUCAACAAUGAGAACUGCUGGCAGCCCAUCAUGAAGUUCAUUAACGACCAGUACGAGGCCUACCUGCAGGAAGAGAUCAACAUCAACAGGAAGAAAAGGAUCCCAGACUCCAGAGUCCACUGCUGCAUAUACUUCAUCCCCCCCACUGGACACUGUCUGCGGCCUCUUGAUGUAGAAUUUAUGAGGCGCCUCAGUAAGGUGGUCAACAUCGUCCCAGUCAUCGCCAAGGCAGACACACUCACUCUGGAGGAGAGGGACUUCUUCAAAAAGAAGAUCAGGGAAGAGCUGCGAGCCAAUGGGAUUGACGUGUACCCCCAGAAGGAGUUUGAUGAGGAUGCGGAGGACAGGAUGAUCAAUGAGAAGAUCAGGGAGAUGAUCCCCUUCGCCGUGGUAGGCAGUGACCAGGAGUACCAGGUCAACGGCAGGAGGCUGCUGGGGAGGAAGACCAAGUGGGGAACAAUUGAAGUUGAGAACAUCGCCCACUGUGAGUUUGCCUAUCUGCGGGACCUCCUCAUCAGGACCCACAUGCAGAACAUCAAGGACAUCACCAGCAGCAUCCACUAUGAAAUGUAUCGCGUGCGGCGCCUCAACGAGAACAACACGGUGGUCGCCCACGCCAACGGCAUCCCAGAGCACCACCUUGCUGCCCACGAGAUGUAGACGCCCCCUGCUUCCCGGCUCCUACCCUCCACCCUACAUCACCCCCGUCCCGUGAAUAUUUGACCACCGUCGACCGCCCCCCUCCUCCCCUCCAGCCCUCCACUCCAGCCUUAAGUGCCAAGCCCAAAGCACACAGGUGGGACAGACGAACUGAAAGCCUGCCAGAGGGAUUGUGUUUAAGUGACUUUCGGUGGCUGAACGGACGAUUCGUGUCAGUUCAUUGCCACAUUAACAAACAGUGCCCUCUUACUAUUGUUGACAAAGAGAAUAAGGAGAGGUUAGAUAUUCCUUAACGUGCUGCAACUUGUUUUUCUCCUGCACCAUCCUGGUCCUACAGCUAACUUUUGCGGUUUUACUUACUUGCCAUCAUUUUGCAUCUGCCAAUUGGGACAUAGUCACAUAUGUCCCGGUGCAUUAAUCAGUAUCAUGCUAACGUCUUCCACAUUCACCUAUUUUAAUUCUUUUUAAUAGCAAUAUAUUGAAGAACCUGUGCCACAGGAGUCUUACACACCCUUGGCAAGGUGUAUGAUAAAAGGUAACGUUCAUUAUUGCAUUCAGGCACAGGUACUUUGGUCAGUCGUGAAUAAAAUGUGUUGGCAGGUGCUGGUCAACACUUUGGCAACACGUUACGCUCAUACAGUCACACCGGUCUGCAUGUGCGAUGCAUUGCAGUUCAGUUCUCCUUCCACGACUUAUUAAAAAAACUGGUUCGCGAAGCAGCAUAUCCAUCAUACGUUUGAUUUUUAUCUUUUAACCUCACAAGCAGUGUUUUUGCUUUUGCUGUUUGUUAAAUGUUUGAUCCUGUCAAAUAUCGAUAUCAUCUUUUUGAGUCCCAGUAAUAAUAAAUGUCAUUGUUUUUUAACGGAAAUACCAUGAGAGUGAUUUAAGAUGAAUAGUAUUUAUGCACAGUGUAAGACGUGAACAUUUGACAUUGGUUAUGAUCCAUUCACACAGACAGUUCACACACAAACACACACAAACUGUUCUUGGGCCCCGUCAUAGUGCCUUAUUUAUUGGAGACUGUUCGCUAGCAUGUUGGUUGAAACUGGAAGGAAAACAGAUGUGUUGGUGCCAAUUGGACUACGUUUAGAUAUUUUUCAACCCCAACUCUUUUUUCUCCACUUGUUUAUCUUGAAACAGCAACAUUGAGCCUUCCAGUGACCUUUCCUCUGUUUUUUUUCCUCUUUUCCGUAGUAUACGAUGGUCUUUGUCUGUUUGAACCAUAUAUAAAUUCCAAAGCUGCCACUGUCCUGUAUAUUCUUCUGUGUUCUGAUGCAUUUUUGUACUGGUAUUAUUAAUAAUAACAGAAUUUUCCUUUGAUAUCUUAUUUUAAAGAAAUAAAGAUUAAAGUUGUAAAUAUUUA